CUAUUUGAUUAUGUCCAAGUCAGUUGCUGUUAGUCCCUCUGGUCCCAUUGAUUUACUUGUUAUUGGCUUUGGAAAUCCUAAAAAAGGCCAUGAAGUAGUUAGGCAGAAUGCUGGCUAUAUUUUUGCCGAUUACCUUGCCAAUUGUAUUAGUAUGCAAUCUAUUCUUCUCAAGAAAGCCCAGGAAUCUGGUGAAGACUCUAUCAGCACUACUGUUCCCGAGAUUCCUGCUGAAUUCCAACGUCCUGUCUUUGUUCGUGAUAUGGAUCUCAAAGCCGACUUUUUCGACUCUAUUUUCUCGCUCACCGAGGCAGAUCUUGCAGUUGAAGAUGAAGAUGGCAACAAGGCUGGUUCUGAAGCUAUUAUUAUGAAAUCGUAUCGAAUUGUCAUUGUCAAGCCACACAAGGCUAUUAGUGGAGCUAUGGAUGAGGCUGUUACUACACUCAAAAACAUCCUUGACAAGUUCCAUGUGGAGGACCCAUCCAAACAGCUCAUUGUCUGUGCUGAUGAUGUCAACACCAACCGUGGUGGUAUUUCUAUCCAUAGUGGUGGUGAUUCUCGUCAAGCCCACGAUCAUAAUGGUAUUGGACGUCUUGCUACUGCUCUUAAAAGCCAUGACUUUAUUCAAUUCCGUAUGGGUGUUGGAAAGCCUUACUCUCUCAAGGGCGAGGAUAUUCAGCGAUACAUGCACACCAAUUUCUCUGAGCUUAAUCGUGAAGUAGAUCUCUUUGGAUACUCACUUGACAUUCUUGGACAAGCUCUGCAAGACUAUGCUGCCUUUUCUGACAUCAAACGAACCAAAUCAAAGUUUGCUGAAAACACCAAGCCACCUGCCGAACUUCGCACUCUCCCUGGAGUUGUAUUUCCAAUUGAUCUUGAUCUCACAUUAGCGCGUGCACAAGUCAAGGCGAGUCUAGAAAGCAAAGGGGUGAGUAUCCCUACAACUGCUCCUACUGAUAGUGAGCAAAAGGAGUCUUUAUCAGAAACGAAUGAUUCCAAGACUGGUACCAAGACAGGUACGAAUGGAUCUUCAGCCAGCAGCAAGUCCAAAGGAGGAAAGAAAUAGGUUUCAAAGAGAUUAAAAAAUUUGAGU